AGCCUUUAAAAAAUUUGAAUAAAUUGAUAUUAUUAGAAAUUAGUAAUACUGAUAUAACUAGUGGUUUAGAAUACUUAGCAGAAAGUUUGCACGUAGUAGGAUGUUAUACUGAUCAAAGGCCAACUAGCCAAGUAAAAAAAAUAAAAGAACAGUUGACCCCUUGUGGAUUUACAUUGAAUAACCAACCAGAAUGGAAAAAUCUCCAAAAGACGUGCAAAUAUGGACUAUGUGAGAAAUGUCAGAAACCUAACACUAAUGAAGAUUGGUGUGGAACUUGCAACAUUCAAGAUUUUUCACGAAUAACUAGUGUUCCUUAUGAACAGUUCACCAAUAUUGAAUAUCUAGCCGAAGGUGGUUUUGGUAAGAAUAUGAUCACCGAUCUUUUACAAGAGAUUACUAAUCAUAAACUAUUUGACUACAGUAAUAUUGAAAUUAGUGAUAGAAAAAACACUGAAUUUUAUCAGCAGUACCUGGCAUCAGAGUCAUUUAACAGGUCCCUGCCUACCGAAGCAAUAUUUCCUACUCACAAAUUACAUUCAGGAUCAAUUAUGCAUAGUCGACUGAUAGAUACGGAAGAGGUUAUUAAAUUAUUACAAAAUUCUGAUAAAGAGUUUGAAAUUGAGACAGACAAUCUUUAUCAAGUUGAUAAAAACACAUUAACCCAACAAUCACAACUAGAAUUAGAAAAUUUACAGGAACAACAGGCUCAAAUAGAAAUACCCCCUAAAUAA